GAACACAAAACGUACGGUAUAUAAGGCAUGGUUGUCAGUUCAUAAAACAGAACCUGGAACGUUAUCGACAGAAACUGGGCUGUAUAUAGUGACAUAUUUAGGGUUUUCUAGGCGUUGUCAAUCAUCACAUUUACAACAAUGGGACUGUACAUGGGAAAACUUAUCGCAAAAUUGUUCGGACAACAAGAGGUCAGGAUUCUUAUGUUAGGUUUGGACGCAGCCGGAAAGACUACAACCCUGUAUAGACUGAAGCUUGGUGAGGUUGUCACCACCAUACCAACCAUAGGGUUCAAUGUGGAGACAAUCGAACACAAGAACGUCAAGUUCACCUCUUGGGACGUGGGAGGACGUGAUAAAGCCAGACCUUUGUGGCGUCACUAUUACCAAAACACGGACGCCAUCAUCAUUGUGUUGGACAGCAACGACAGGGAACGGCUACCGGAAAUGCGUCAGGAGAUAGGAAUGUACCUAAAGGAGGAUGAACUGCGGAACUGCCUCUUUUUGAUUCUUGCUAACAAACAGGACCUGUCAAACGCUCUACCUCCUAACGUCAUCAGAGAGAAGUUGGAGUUGGACACAUUGCUGAGAGGCCGCCACUGGCACCUUCAGCCAGCCUCGGCUAAGGAGGGACACGGUCUGUACGAGGGACUAGACUGGCUGGCCGCCAAACUCGCUUCUAAAGAGGCACACAAUUACGUCACGCAGUCGGUAGUGGAGGCGAAGGACGAUGCUGUCGCGAUAACCAAGGCCAACCCCAUCAAAUCGGUAGUGAGGUACUUCAAGUCCUGGUGGGGCAACGUGGGACAGGCGACGGCUACAUGAACAAACUGAGUCAAAAUUGCCUAAGAAGAUCACUCAGGAGACCAACAACCGAUACUACAACUUCUACUAAUGUCAGUCAGCCUAUGCAGACUAUGACACUACGCGAGGACAAUGACAAUGCAGACUAUAAUACAAAAAGGUGUGCAAUAACCGAUAGACUGUACAAAAAUGUACUAAGAAACUACUGUAGAUGCAGAAACCUUCGCGGUGUUCUAGCUUAUGUUCGCAGUUUUCGCGGUGGCCGCUUUACCGCGAACUUAAAACCAUGUGUUCCUUCUCGCUACUUUUAUGUACUAUACAUUGUCACUGUAAUAUAAUGAAAUACUUUCCCAACAUACAAAUGUUUUGAGUACGAUUUCAUUCACUUCUCCAUACAAAAUACUGUAACGUUAU